AUGGUCAACUAUGUUCCAUCGCGCUGUCGCUGGGAUCCGGAGAAGCCGCCGCAUUUCAGCAUGAGCAUGAAUUUUAUGUUUGCGUUUGCUGGUUGCGUCACAUCGGCGAACAUGUACUACACCCACCCCAUCUUGAAUGUUAUGGCUGAGGACUUUGGUGUUGAGUAUGAAGAAGUGUCCCAGAUCCCAACCGUCAUGCAGGCCGGAUAUGCGGCAGGACUGUUCUUUCUUUGUCCGUUAGGGGAUCUUUUGAGACGAAGAGCCUUUGUGACAUGGCUGGUGGCGUUUACCGCAACAUUAUGGAUCGUUCUGUGUGUGACCAAGUCUCUCGCUGUUUUUACAGCGAUAUCCUUCAUCACUGCAGUCACCACCGUUACCCCUCAACUCAUGGUUCCUCUCGUCGGCGAUCUAGCACCUCCUCAUCGUCGAGCGGCUGCCAUCAGCAUCGUUGUCUCGGGACUUGUGCUCGGCCUUGUCCUCGCACGGGUCAUUGCCGGUACCAUCACGAACUGGGUGUCCUGGCGAUACGUUUACUGGAUGUCACUCGGACUGCAGUAUCUGAUCUUCAUCUUGCUUUGGCUCUUCAUGCCCGACUACCCUUCAUCCAAUCCGCAAGGACUGAACUACUUUAAAAUGCUUCUUGGUAUCCCCUGGCUCUUUCGGUAUCCUGUCCUUGCACAAGCCAGCAUUGUAUCGUUCUUCGCAGCUGCAACAUACACGAACUACUGGACAACAUUAUCAUUCCUACUCGCUGGUCCGCCGUACCAUUAUUCGUCGUUGGUGAUUGGUCUCUUCGGCCUCAUCAGUAUUGCAGGUAUGCUUCUAGUACCUGUCUAUGCACGUCUGGUCAUCGAUCGCUUCGUGCCACUGUUCAGCGUUAUCACCGGUGAACUAAUGUGCCUGAUCGGUAUUCUGAUCUCAACUUACACUGGGACAUUUACCGUGGCCGGGCCUAUCAUGCAGGCAUUCCUGAACGAUCUUGGCAUGCAGAUCGCGCAAAUCUCUAAUCGGAGUAGCAUAUACGCCAUCAACCACAAGGCAAGAAACCGAGUGAACACAGCGUUCAUGGUAGCUACGUUCUGUGGUCAGCUUACUGGCACCGCCGCAGGAAAUCAUAUCUACGCUGUUGGAGGGUGGGUGCGUAGCGGAAGUGCAAGCGUAGGUCUAAUUGGUGCUGCGCUGGUAGUCUGUUUCUUGCGCGGGCCUUGGGAAGAGGGCUGGAUUGGAUGGAGGGGAGGCUGGAGCAUAUUCAAGAAAGACGCACAGAGUGCAGAUGGAAAGACCUCGGAGAAGGCUACCCUCGGAGGGAUCAGGGCCACAGCGGUGGGUGAGAAUGGUAUCAUUGACACGGAACAGGGUAGCUUAGAGAAAGCAGCAGAUGAGCUGGAUGCAGAGGAUAGAACGAUCAGAACAAAUAAAGAGGAGUCGGACAGGGAGAUCAAUAUAGCACACUUGCAUGUUGCGAACGAUAUUCGGAAUCAGUAG